CGCUACCGUCUCCACCACACGGCCACAAUCUCUGACCCUCGCUCCUCCCCCCACCGCAACCAAGGAAGGAGGCGGUGGAGACGGCAGGAGCCGACUAGUGCCGCAUACAGCCCGCUUGCAGCGACGCCUCAUCGGAUGCUCCCGUCUCCGAUACCAAAUAGUUCGGUCGUUGCGGCGGCGGUCUAGGUGUGCUCGCCGGAGUCGUUGGACCCGUCCCGGAGCGACGCAGAGCACAUGGCCGAGGCCCUCCUCCACCACCUCCCCCGCCGCUUCGGUGCUUCCACCACCGCCUCCUCGUCGCCGUCCUCCCACGGGGUCCUCUCACCCGCCCCACGCGCCGACCUGCGGGUCACGCGCUUGGCGGCUGCCGCCCCGCCUGGGCGGCCACACCGGCUCAUGGCCCAUGCCGCAGUGCGUUCAGAGACUGGUGAGCAACCUAAAUGGUGGGAAAAGAACGCUGGUGCAAAUAUGAUUGACAUACACUCCACACAGGAGUUUUUGGAUGCACUAAGGGAUGCAGGCGACAGGCUUGUUAUUGUAGAGUUUUAUGGAACUUGGUGUGGUUCUUGCCGGGCACUCUUCCCAAGGCUGUGCAGGACAGCCACGGAUAAUCCUAAUAUCGUAUUCCUAAAAGUAAAUUUUGAUGAAAACAAACCUAUGUGUAAACGACUGAAUGUGAAGGUCCUCCCUUUCUUCCAUUUUUAUCGCGGAGCCGAUGGGCAACUGGAGGCGUUCUCAUGUUCCUUAGCUAAGUUUCAGAAGCUGAAGGAUGCCAUUGCCGUUCACAACACCGAUCGCUGCAGCAUUGGUCCACCUGUCGGAGUUGGGGAUGUGCUUGCUAGCUCGAGCUCCCAGGAGAAACCUGCAGAAGCUGCAAGCUAGCCCUCCUUAGAAAGCAUCUGUUUCUUUGCCCGACUCAUUUUUUUGCCCCACUGUAAUCAGCUCAGGAGAAUCUUCCGUUUUCCUGUAUAGAGGGGGCUCACGUACGCAUCAGAUGUUGUGAGGAUUACUGUUUUUCUCUCAGGGAAGGAAAAUGUGUAUCAUA